AUGCAACAGGAGAAAGUGAUGAUGAUGAGGGAUCCAGGUCCAAAGGAGCCGCUGGACGCCAUCUUGAGGCGUCUGCAGGAGGACGUGGUGACUUUUGUCAAAGAGCAGCUGCAGAGGAUCCAAAGGCUCCUGGCCUCAGAUUACCCAGAAUGCUCUGAGAGUGAGGUGCAGAGCAGAGAGGUUCUGAAGAUCGCCCUGGACUUCCUGAAGAGGAUGAAGCAGGAUGAGCUGGUCCAGCGCCUGCAGAGCAGAAGCACUGUUGGAGUUUGUAGAGAUGAACUGAAGAAGCAUAUGCAGCAGAAGUUCAGCCGUGUGUUUGAGGGCGUGGCUAAAGCAGGAGACUCCGCCCCCCUGACCCAGAUCUACACAGAGCUCUACAUCACAGAGGGCGGGGCCUCAGAGGUCAACCAGGAACAUGAGGACUUUGACCUGAGGAAAUACCGGGCCUCAGAGACAGCUCUCCUGGGUCUGCUGCCGGUGGUCAGAGCCUCCACCAAAGUCCUGUUGAGGGACAGUGGACUGUCCCCUCACAGCUGUGGUCCUCUGGCCUCAGUCCUCAGCUCCUCCAGUCUCACACACCUGGAUCUGAGUAACAACGACCUCCAGGACUCAGGAGUGGAGCUGCUGUGUUCUGGACUGAAGAGCGCCCCCUGUGGACUGCACACUCUCAGGCUGUCUGGAUGUCUGAUCUCAGAGAGGGGCGGGGCUGCUCUGGCCUCAGCUCUAAGCCCCGCCCCCUCCCAUCUGAGAGAGUUGGACCUGAGCUACAACCAUCCAGGAGGUUCAUCAGAGCUGCUGAAGGCUCUACAGGACGACCCACACUGCCCCCUGCAGGAACUCAGGUUGGAUCCUGCUGGAGAACAGUGGAUGGUUCCAGGUCUGAGGAAGUAUUCCUGUCGAGUGUGUGUGUUCCUGGACUCUGAGGCUGGAUCUCUGUCCUUCUAUGAGGUCGUCUCUGAUGGAGAACUGUUCCACCUCCACACCUUCACCUCCUCCUUCUCUGAGCCUGUGUUUCCUGGGUUUAGACUGUGGUCUGACGGUUGCUCUGUGUCUGUGGUGGAUCUGAGGAGAGCGCCCCCUGCUGGACUGAGGUCUGAAGGUUCCUCUGUGUCUGUGGUGGAUCUGAGGAGAGCGCCCCCUGCUGGACUGAGGUCUGAAGGUUCCUCUGUGUCUGUGGUGGAUCUGAGGAGAGCGCCCCCUGCUGGACUGAGGUCUGAAGGUUCCUCUGUGUCUGUGGUGGAUCUGAGGAGAGCGCCCCCUGCUGGACUGAGGUCUGAAGGUUCCUCUGUGUCUGUGGUGGAUCUGAGGAGAGCGCCCCCUGCUGGACAAUACAAUAAAAACAAAUGCAGCGUUUCUUAA